AAGAGAAUUUCGCACAAUAAUUAGGUUACUAUUCAUUUCAAAUAAGAAAUAAAGAAGUAUGAAGACACUAGUUAUCUUGAUUUAUAUUACUUGGAUUUUGUACUUAAAUUUCACGCAAGUCGGUUUAUUGUCUCAAUCUCAAUAUCCAAUUAAACAUGAUCUAUUUCAAUCCACUCUGAAAGCAAAUGAUAAUUUUAUUUAUUAUCAACAUCGUUUAAUAAUUGGGCAUAUUGUAACACUGCCAUGUGAAUAUGAGAGUAUGGACAACAAUAAUAAUAAUCGAAGAAUUCAUAAUCAAUCAGUAGUUUAUGAAUGGUUGUUCAAUGGUAGACAAUUAUCACCGCAUAGAGCAUUUUUUAAUGCAAACUGGGAUAUUCAUGGAUAUUUAACUAUAUGGGCUAUGAUAUCGAGGCAAACAACGUUAUGGUGUCAUAAACAAAUUAUCGAUAAUAAUAACCAGAUAAAUGAUCAUUAUUAUUAUUCACAUCAAAUUACUUUCAUUAAUUUAGCUAUACUGAAUCAAAUUGUCGGUAUUAAAGUAGAUAUGAACAUGGAUAAAUACUCAUUAUUGCAUAAAUGUCAAAUUGACAAUAACACAUGCGAUUGUCAAACAACAUUUGGUAUUAAUGUAACAUCCGAUAAAGAAAUGGCAAAAUCAAAACAUUAUAUUUUAGAGAAUUUAGAAGUACUCAGUCAAUCUAUAUGUCAGAACUUAACAUUUUGUAUAAAUUUUUAUUUAAAUGAUUUUCUAUGCAUGAAUAGUUUGAAUGAUUCACGUGCUACGCACUACACUGAAUUUACAUUUAUUUUGGACAAUUUUAGAAAAUAUACGGUAAAUUCGACAGGUACAUCCAUCGCAUUCCAGGCCUCUGAACUUUUCCAAGAGAUCUAUGCUCACCGGGGUCGUAUUACCCAAGUCGUAUUAUCGAUCCACCACCGCCAUCAAUUGAUGAAGAACUCUUGCCUUCUACUGCUAACCAAAUAAUAUUCACGGAUGGAUACAUCAGAUCUCAAUUUACCACUAGUGAUUAUGAUCUAAUCAAAUGUCUUCCAUGUCCACAUAACACAUAUUCGGAGGAAUAUGGUCAAUCAAGUUGUUUACCAUGUCCAUUUCAACACAGUAUACCAAUCGAUCCUGAUAGUGAUACACACCCGAUAAAUGGAAGUGAUUGGCUACACAUAGCAUGCACUAAAGAAGACAGAUCUGAACUACUUAUGAUACAAAUAAUUCAAAGAAUAUUAGGCAAGACAAUAAGUGAAUAUAUAAAAAAAACUUCACUCAUCAAACGUGCUGGAAUUCUAUGUUUUAUCAUUGCUUUGCCUGGUAUUAUCACUUUUUUAUUAAUAUUUAUUGCCUAUAUUUUGAUUGAUGUUGGAUCAACAUUAAAAGAAAUGGCUAAAACUUUGCAUCCAUUGCAAAUACAAUUAGCUGAGAUUAGUACAGCAAAUGCACGUUUGGAUGUGCAAUUGAGUGAAGCAGCUGAAAGGACUUAUAGACAUGAAAAGUGAAUAAUUACCAAAACUUUGCAAAUUCAUUAAGAC